CGUCGCAGGGCGCCACCACUCGCGGCUCUCUCGCGAGCCGAUCUGUCUCGCCCACGCCAUCAUCUCACCUCCCUUCUCGCCCCUGCGGCGCGAAACCCUAGUCAGGCGACUCCAUGGCGAAGGACCAGAGCGGCUCGCCUCAUGAUAGUCGAGGCGACAGGGAGGAGGAGGAGGCGCGCAGCGGCAGCAAGUCGGUAGAAGCCGAUAGGGAGGGGCCCUCGAAGGGAAGCCGGGACCGGAGCCACCGCGGCAAGUCGAAGCGGCGGGAAGAGGAGGAGGGAAGCGAGAGCUCCGGUGAGGACUCAAGCGAGCGGCGUAAGCGGCGAAGGAAGGAGAAGGAGCGGCGGCGGCGGCGCCGCAGCGAGAGCACGGGCUCGUCGUCGGAGUCCGAGUCCGAGUCGUCGUACUCGGGGUCCAGCGCGGAGUCAGAGGGCGAGUCGGAGUUGGAUUCGGAGGAGGAGAGGCGGAGGCGGCGGCGGCGGCGGAAGAGGAGGAAAGAGAGGGAGGAGGAGGAGGAGAGGAGGCGGAGGAGGAAGGAGAAGGAGAGGCGGAAGAGGAAGGAGAAGGAAAAGGAGAGGGUGAGGAGGAGGAAGGAGAAGAAGAGGAGGAGGAAGGAGGAGAAGAAGGAUUUGGGGAAGAAGGGCGCUGUGACCAACUCGUGGGGGAAGUAUGGUAUCAUCCGUGAGGUCGAUAUGUGGAGCAAGCGACCAGAGUUCACUGCAUGGUUAUCAGAAGUCAAGCAGGUUAAUUUGGAAGCAUUGUCAAAUUGGGAAGAGAAACAAAUGUUUAAGGAAUUCAUGGAGGAUCAUAAUACAGCCACUUUCCCAUCAAAAAAAUAUUAUAAUUUAGAUGCUUAUCAUCGCAAAGCAAUGGAGAAAGAGAAAAAGAAGGGUUUAAAAACUUCAGUGACAGAACGUACAGUAUUUAAUGACGAGGAACAACGACGAUUGGAACUGUUGAAGGAACGUGAACGACGGAAGGAGGAAGAAGUGGAAGCUUUAAAACGCUCCAUGCAAGCUGGACUGGCUCAAGAUAUGAAGGAGCAGGCCCGUUUACGCGAGGAAAUGAACUAUCAAUACAGGUUGGGCAAUUUUCAGGUGUUUGGAGAAGGGAAGUUCAACGAUGAUCAGGAGUUGAGGGCCGUCACUUGCUAUGGGGCUAUGGAUUCUUUUCCAGGACGUUGAAAUUCUCUGCGAACUUCGCGGCAACAGAUCUAUCAUCAAUUCAUCAUCAUGAAUCGGUAUCGCUAACUGCAAAAUUUGCCACCGGAAGAAGAGCACAAAGAAGAUCACACACAAGGCACCAGGAAAACAUAAAUAUGAGCCAUACACACGCAUACGCAUACGAUGUUUCACAUCAAGUUGCUCGAAUAAAUAGAUCCAACAAUACCAGAGUCACAACCAAAACUAAGGCACGCACACACCGCUACAGUCGAAACCCAAACGCCUAGCGCUUGAUGCUG